AUGCAGAGUGAAGAUGAACCUGUUCAGAAGUAUGUCAGAGAAGCCAUCACCAGAGAGAAAGCCACCAGAGCCCUGACUCCUUCGCUGGAAAGUCGUCAGAGAAUCCGUCAUGAUCUCCUUGCUGCAAAGCUGGUGACUCGGCAGGAUGACCGCUACCGCCUGGUCUCCAAACACCGGGCGCCCUGUGUGGAGGGAGAAGCAGCCCUGCAAGCUGUGAAAGCUGCCAGCAGGGCUAAGAGGGAUGACCUGGGCUCCGAUGGUACCAAACAAAUGUCACACAGAGGAGGCAGUUCAUCCUCCGCGAAAGAAUUCCAGCUGUUUGACAUCAUUCACGAGGACGCCACUGAGAAAGAGACUGUCUCAGUCCCGGUCACCUGUUCUGAGAGAUACUGGACCUGGUGGAGUGGGCAGUGCAAGGACAGUGAUCCCGUCUUCAUAGAUGAGGUGACAGAGAUCCAGAGACAAGAAAUGAAUUGCCAUGGUCACACGGGCUACGUUAGAGCUGGGAAAUCUGAUCCAGAUGUGAUACUCUGUAAUUCAGUAAAGAUGAUCCGUGAGCAGCUAGCCAUCUCCAAGGACGGAAAAGGAACGGAGCACCGAGAAAAGGAGGACGAUUAUGUAUAUGACAUUUACUACAUGGAGACGUCUACCCCAGGAUGGAUUGAAAGCAUCCUCUCUGUGCAGCCCUACAGUCAGGAUUGGGAGCUGGUAGCUGAUGAUCAUCAAGCAGAGGAGAUUGAUGAUGAUGAUGAUGAUGAUGAGAACAGUGAGAAUCACUGGCGUAACGAGUACCCUGAUGAGGAAGAAGGAAGCAGUGACAGAGAGAGCACUAGAGGGUCUGAUGAAGAAUAUGACAGCUUUAGUGAUGAGGAAAGUAGCGUCAUCACGCCGAGGAAAUGGAACAAAUAUCCCUAUGACGUGCUAAAGGAGUUUGAGUAUGACAGCUCCCAGGAUUUCGAUUCAGACUGA